ACGAUAGAGAGAGAGAGAGAGAGAGGGAGAGUGGAUAUAGUGUCAUAGACUAGGAGAGAGAGAGAGAGAGAAAGAAAGAGUAGUAAGGGAGAAGAGUUGGAAGAGAGUGCGCGGACACGGAUAAUGUGAUAGACCGAAAGAGGGUCAGACGGAGAGAUCAAGAGUUAUUUAUCUAUCUAUCUAUCUAUCUAUCUAUCUAUCUGUCUAUCUAGGUAAUUAAAAAGGGAGCGAGCGAGAGAGAGAUGGUAUAGAAGCCACUGCAACAAUUCGUAACUGUAAUUAUUAUUAUUAUGACUAUGAUGAUAUCUCUAUCGUUUCAAAAGCGCGGAUCUCCCAGCUGUACCGUUUCAGACGUACCAUAAAACACAUGGUUGACCUUAAAUCGCAGCUGUCCAAGCGUAAUCUCCGCCACUCGUGUUUCCUCCUGUGAUGAUGGAUACCAACAACCACUCGCUUCUCAAAUCACAUUCGCCACCAACACCACCUUCUUCUCUCCUUCCUGCCCACUCGGCGGUGACAGUCGCCUCCACAGCGUCUUACAGUUGUUGCAGUGUUGGAGUCUGUGACAUUGGCAGCACCAAGUCUGCUUCUUCUUCUUCUUCUUCUCCUCAUCCGACGACACAAGCAGACGGCGACAAUGCUGCCUUGUCCUCAGCCAGAGCAAACAACCUCUCUUGUACCUGCAUUCAUUCGUCUCAUACGAACUUAGAAGGUCAACAUUAUAAGGCUGAAUCUGUAUCUAGCCCGAGGCCUUCACCAUCGGCCACUGACACAGAAACCUCGCACCACCAGUAUCAUUGCCAACAACAACAACAACAACAGCAGCAGCAGCAGCAGCAACUCGAUCACAAUCAACACCAUUGUUGCCAUCAUCAGUCCUAUAGCCCUCAGCUUCCAUCUUCUCCAAUGUCUCAUGGUUUAAUCUGUCCGUCUCAAGGACCAUUCUACUUCAACGUGCCCACCCCUGUAACUAACGUAACUACCUCGGCCACAGGUACUGCUCUUCCAGUAACUAAACAAACCUCAACUAAUGAAGAAGGCCAACACGAUGAAGUGUUCUUAAACGGCGUCGUAGCGCCUCAAACCAGCGACCCUGCAUCCUCCUCUCUCAAUCCUCCAUUCCCCAACAGCGACCAAGUGGGCAGCGAUGUCUCGACAUCGUCCUACACAUCGCGAAAGGACAGCGUCACAUCAAACGAGUCCUACCCUCAACUUUCCGACUGUUACCAUCAUUACUCGGUUAAUGGGGGUACGGCACAGAUGGACGAGACUUCAAACAACUUCUCCUCGCGGAGUGCCCCGGCUCCCGACGACAGCAAUCUACUACAACCGCCACCACCCACCUGUUCGUCUUGCAGCAACCAGGAGGUACCGUCUGAAGAAGAGACCGAAAGUCUCCCCACUUUGCCACGAAGGAGCAGCAUUAUCAAAAACAGCAGCCGCAAAUCACUGAGGAAGAAGACCGUAUCUUUUAGCAGUAUGCCAACCGAGAAAACCAUUACCACGGCCCAAGAUUGUCUGGCGUGUAUGCAAGAUGGAUCUGAAAUGGUAAAAGUGCGUUCCAACAGCCGACAGUAUUUUCGCAUGUACUCUCUCAACAAAGAUAUGACUGAAAUACGAUGGCAGCCUACCUCCAAGAAACCAAACAAGGCUAGAAUUUCCAUCAGCUGUAUGAAGGAAGUGAGACUUGGAAUGACUACUGAAGCAUUACGAAACCGAGAAAUAAUGGAAUUUUACCCUGAAGAAUGUGCUUUUUCUAUUAUUUUUGGAGAUAACUUUGAAACAAUGGAUCUCAUAGCUUCCACCCCUGAUGAAGCUAACAUCUGGGUAACUGGCCUCACCUGUUUAAUGAAUGCAAACACAAAUAUAAGGGGCUCACCUGAUGCCCUUGAUGAACUUCACCAAAUGAGAGAUUCAUGGCUGCAGGAGAUGUUUGAAUCGGCAGAUUCGGACAAAAGUGGAGUUAUCACGGAAAAUGCUGUCAUCCAGCUGAUGAAGAAGUUAAACUGCAACAUCCAUACAGAGAAAAUUCAACAAAAGCUCAAGGAAUUACAAAUGAACCGUGGUGAACGACUGCGAGGACGUUUAAAUCGGGAAGAAUUCAUCAUGUUAUUUAAGGAAAUCUCCACAAGACCUGAAAUUUACUUCCUUCUUGUGAGGUAUGCAACAAAUUCUGAGUUUAUGUCACUCGAGGACUUACAAAUGUUUGUGGAAGCUGAGCAAGGGGAACCUAGAGUUACAAAAGAACGAUGUUGGGAAUUAAUAAACAAAUAUGAACCUUCCAGUGAAGGUCGAACCAAAGGCCACCUAGGUAUUGAUGGUUUUACAGCUUAUCUCUUGUCAGAUGAUUGCGAAAUCUUCAGCCCAGAACACAAAAAUAUUUGUCAAGAUAUGUCUCAACCCCUGUGUCACUAUUUCAUAGCUAGUUCUCAUAACACAUAUCUUAUGGAUGAUCAGUUGAAGGGACCAGCAAGCAUAGAAGGUUAUAUCAAAGUUUUGAAGAAAGGAUGCAGAUGUGUUGAAUUGGACUGUUGGGAUGGACCGGAUGAUGAGCCCCUAGUUUACCAUGGACGAACCCUUUCUUCUAAGUUACCAUUUAAAAGUGUCAUUGAGACCAUCAACAAAUAUGGCUUUGAAUCAUCAAGCUAUCCUGUGAUAGUCUGCCUUGAGAACCAUUGUAGCUUAAAGCAGCAACAGAAAAUGUCUCAGUAUAUUACAUCAGUUUUUGGAGAGAGAUUAUACGUGGAGCCUGUUGAUGUCAUCAGGCAAUGUUUACCCUCACCUGAAUUCUUCAAGGGACGUGUCCUUGUCAAGGCCAAGAAACUGGCACCUGAUUGCACUGCACUAGAUGGCUUUGUCACUGAUGAAGAUGAAGGUUCGGAGGUGGAGUGGAAAAAGACAAAUAAUAGGGAUGUAUCAACACGAAGGCAUAAAAUUACCAAAGAAAUAUCAGAUAUUGUCAACUACUGCGUAUCCACACGAUUUGAAGACUUUCAAGUAUCGCAACAGUCACAGAAAUAUUGGCAGAUCUGUUCCCUUAGUGAAUCUCAAGCAGUGAAGUUAGCUCUGCAGGAUCCAGAAGAAUUUGUGAAUCACAACAAACGCUUUCUAUCACGCAUUUACCCAAACGGUAUGCGAGUAGACUCAAGCAACUUCAAUCCUCUUGAUUUAUGGAACUGUGGUUGUCAAAUAGUUUCUGUAAAUUACCAAACGCCGGGCUUGAUGAUGGAUCUCUAUAAUGGCUGGUUCCAAAAGAAUGGUGGUUGUGGCUAUGUGUUAAAGCCAGCUGUUAUGAGAGAAGAAAUCUCUUACUUCAGUGCCAACACUAAAGAUGUUUUACCUGAUGUUUCUCCUCAGUCGCUCCAUAUUAGGAUCAUAAGUGGUCAAAACCUUCCGAAACCUCAAGGUUCUGGUGCCAAGGGAGACAUUACCGAUCCAUAUGUUACUAUUGAAAUAUUUGGUAUACCAGCAGACUGUGCUGAAGAGAAAACCAAGACAAUUAAUAAUAAUGGUUAUAACCCUAUUUUUGAUGAAAGUUUUGAAUUCCAAAUUAACCUACCUGAACUUGCACUAAUUCGGUUUGCUGUGUUAGACGAUGACUAUAUCGGAGAUGAGUUUAUUGGUCAAUGUACGAUACCAUUUGAAUGUAUGGAGACUGGUUACCGCCAUAUUCGGCUUCUGUCUUUUACCGGUGAUGAAUUACCUGGAAGUACGUUGUUUGUUCAUAUUGCAAUCACAAACAGACGAGGUGGUGGGAAAGGUAGCAAGCGUGGCCUCAAGUCAAGUCGAACCCAUAAACAGGAGUCGAUAUCAGUGAAGAAUACGGGGAUCAAGUGUAUAGAUGAGACUUUCAAGAGUGCUGUGGGUCCCUUGAAAGAAGGACUUGAGCUAAGAGAUAGUGUCCACAAUGCCCUGAUGUCUUUCAAAGACAUCUGUGGUUUACAACCAAUUGCUAACAUCAAGCAAGGUGUUCGCCUUCUGGCAUCGCGUGUCAUCAACACCAGUGGGGACCAGUUUAGUAUGUUUCUUAAAGGAAUGUACCCCCAUCUGGAGUACCGAGGGUCACAGUUUAUGUUGCCAGAUUUAGUGAAAAAAGCUAUGAUAUCUUUUAAUGAAUUGGUGGCUAACUGUAAGACCUUGAUCGAAAACGCUGAUGGAAUCAUCUUAAAGCUGAACAAUUGCCAAUCAAUGGGUCUGCAGUGGCAUGAUGAGUUGGAGAGUUUAUGUUCACAGUCUGGACUGAAAGGAAAGAAAAUCACCAAGGCAAUUGAACAUUUCGCCUGGAACGUACGGAUGUUACGCGGACAAUCGGAUCUACUCCAGCAAGCAAAAAAGGAUUGCUCGGAAGAUGUUCGACAGAUCAAGGAAGCUGGAAUAUUGAUGGGUCUUCUCAAAGAUACUGGUUCCUCAGUAUGAUGUUUAUGAAACCUGGACCUUUUUUUAGGGUUUUAUUAUUUUUUUUUUUUCAUUGAUGACCAAAACUCUGAAUGAAAAAUUUUCCAUCCACUUGGUUUUUUGUUGACUGAUGCAGAACCAAGAAAUCAUGUCGCUCUGAAAAAAAAAAAAUGAAAAUGAAAAUGUUCUGGUCUUAACUAACUAUGUUCCUUGCCAGUUCUCUGAAAGUUCAGUUUUCCUCUCUCCAUGUCUGCAAUAUUUGCAGCAUUAAAAUAAAGAUAAUAAUGAUAAUAAUAAAAUAAUAUUAAAAAAAAA